AUGGGACAGCUAAUGAAGCGCAGCACGAGUGGGAGGGAGACGGGGCAGUGUGCCGUUGAUUGUAGUAGUGGAGUGCGAAGGGAACGUGCUACCGUGCGUUCAACUAUUUAUAAUCAAAUGGCGCUGCAUCGGUGUGCGUGCGUCCGCACGUUAUGCACCGCACCCGCACACGCCCGGGGCCCGGAGCGAGGCAAUGAUGUGCACGAAGUGUUAUCCCUUAUUACACGUUUCGCUUCCGCGCCGGCCGCACGUACGACAGCGGAGCGACCUCCUUUCGUGCCGCGCGAACUUUUCAGUUUGUUUACAUCGGGCGCUGCGAUGCACGCCGCGCCAGCGAUUGUGUCAUCGACCGUACGUCGGACACUGCACAGCGGG